AUGACAUCCAAUGUUGAAGAUGAACUACGCCGCAGAAUUCGAGUUUUAGAACUUGAGAAUGAAAGACUAAGGAGUCUGCAGUCUUCUGAAGAACUGCACCCCAAUAUAGAUGAUAAUUUCAGUCUCGAUGAGUAUAAAAGAUACGGCAGGCAGAUGAUUGUUCCCCAAUUUGGUUCCUUGGAAUCCCAAAAAAGAUUAAAGAGGGCCAAGAUCCUAGUUGUUGGUGCCGGAGGGUUGGGAUCUCCUGCAUUGGAGUACCUAUCUGCAGCCGGUGUUGGCACAAUAGGAAUAGUCGACGAUGACGUUGUGGAUACUAGCAAUUUACACCGCCAAGUAAUACAUCAAACUAACACUGUUGGAACGUAUAAAUGUGAAUCAGCCAAAUUGUUCAUCACAAACAUCAACCCUCAUGUAACCGUCAUUACUCAUCCCAUAAGAUUAAGCAACGACAACGUCUUUGAUGUAAUCAGUCAGUAUGAGUUGGUGCUAGAUUGCACAGAUCACCCCGCUGUGAGGUACCUCAUCAAUGAUGUCUGCGUACUCUUGGGAAAGACUAUUGUGAGCGGUUCUGGAUUGAAAGCAGAUGGGCAAUUUACAAUAUUGAAUUUUAAAAAUAUUGGUCCGUGUUAUAGAUGUUUCCACCCUCAGCCGCCUAGUCCAAACACGGUGACUUCGUGUGCUGAUGGUGGGGUUAUAGGUCCAGCAAUUGGAAUGGUGGGAAUAGCCAUGGCAAUGGAGACAAUAAAAUAUUUAACUGGAUACUACACUGAAGAGAAUUUCUCCCCUUUUCUCUCAUCAUAUUCAGCGUACCCACAGCAGCAAAUUAGAAACUUUAAGAUGAGACCUAAACAAGCCAGUUGUAUUGCCUGUGGAUCAAAGAGACAAAUAACCAAAGAAAAGAUUGAAAGUGGAGAGAUUGAUUAUGCUGCCUUCUGCGGGAAGGUUAGUUAUGAGCAGUUGGAACAAAGUAGUAGAUUAUCAGUUGCUGAUUACAACAAUGUAUUACAUAAUGGUCGUGAUCACGUUUUGAUUGACGUCAGACCCAAAGAGCAAUACCAAAUCACCAAGCUUCGCAAUUCAACCAACAUUGAGUGGGAUCCUACCUUCAGAAAGCUUGAAUUCAGCAAGAAAACUACACAGUCUAGGUUUCAAAAAUGCUAA